UUGUGACAAAGUGAACAGCAACUGCUAGGCGGUCAUUGGUUUACGUCACAAGUGAUUGACUUGCGUUUCUCGACCAGGAAAUUAGCGGUGAGGUGACUCAGACUAUCACUCCAUAGCUCAGUAAUAUCACUUCUCAGCAGCAGUGGUGUCGUCCAAAGUACGAAGCAGAAAAGGAGAAGUGUAUUGGAACUAUAGUCGGAGAUUUUCUAAUAUAUUGACAACCAAAACUUUUAAGAAUGUCGCUGUAUCCAUCUCUCGAGGAUCUUAAGGUGGACAAGGUCAUGAAGGCCCAAGCUCAAUUUGCCCAUACCACUGCUACCCCAGCCAUCGCUGAGGGGACCUACCAGCCACAGGCUGCUGGCCUGGGGAUGCCAUCAACAACCCUGUACCCUAACCUGGAGGAUCUGGGAGAGUACAUGGGCCUGAGCCUCAACAGUGAUGAGGUGCAGAGGAACAUGGCCCUGUUGCCCAUGGCAGACAAUCAGGUGGCAGUGCCCUCAGGCAUGGGCAUCGGUGGCAUGGUGAGUCCUGUGACUGGGUCAGACGUGGGGAUCAGGAGGGCAGAGAUCCGACCCGGCCUGCGUGAGAUCAUCCUCUGUAAGGACCAGGAUAAGAAGGUCGGCCUGAGGCUGAGGGCCAUCGACAAUGGCGUGUUUAUCCAGUUGGUUCAAGCCAACUCCCCGGCCGCCCUGGGGGGUCUGCGCUUCGGGGACCAGGUCCUCCAGAUCAAUGGGCAGAACUGUGCUGGCUGGAGCCUGGACAAGGCCCACAAAGUCCUGAAGGCUGCGGCCGAGACCCGCAUCGAGCUCAUCGUCCGGGACAGGCCGUUCCAGCGUACUAUCACCAUGCACAAAGACAGCUCGGGUCACGUUGGGUUCAUCUUCAAGUCGGGCAACAUCACUUCGCUGGUCAAGGAUGGUUCGGCCGCUCGCAAUGGCCUUCUGACCGACCACUACAUCUGUGAGAUCAACGGCCAGAAUGUUAUCGGCCUCAAGGACGCUCAGAUCAAGGACAUCCUGACCACCUCCCCUACAGCCAUGACCAUCACCAUCAUGCCCAAGUUCAUCUACGAACACAUGAUCAAGAGAAUGUCCAGCGGUCUCCUGCGAUCAGCCAUGGACCACUCUGUGCCAGAGGUGUGAGGACCAGAACGUGACCACGUUCUCCUGCUGGAUGCCUACAAUGUCCAGAGUUCCCAUUGGGCCCCUAAAUGUCCAAUGGGGUUCUUUCUCUUUCUAAAAAACCUCUUGUAUCACAAUCACCUUCAUUGUAACAAUAGUUAUUCAAUGUAGUUCCUUUUCUACUUCAUCCCUCUGUCUAUAUUUACAUUUCAUCUUUUUAUAUAAUUCUUGUAGUCAAGUAUUACAUUAUGUAUGUGGCAUUGCAUUGAGUACACCUUUUAUUUUAAAGACAUGAAUGUUACCACGAGUCCAGAGCUUCCUCAAAUAUAGCAUGGAAAUGGAUCAUUGGCUCGAACUUUCACCCUUUUUGUCAAAAUGCUGUAAAAGCCAAUGACCCCCAUGGUUGUUGAUCAUAACCCUGUUCCCCUAUGCAGCUGGGAUAUUACGCUGGGCGGAUCCACUAAGUGCACUUUCCACUUCCUGUUAGAGGUAGUCUUUCCUCUAACCAUUUCAGUGUUUUGUUAUUGUUCAAGUGGAGUCAAAAUGAACUAGGAAAUAUGUCAACAAGUAUGGAGAAGUUAACUCUGGGAAUUGAUUUGUUUAAUGCACAAAGUAAUCAACAAAAGAAAACGCAUCUAGGGUUCAAUCAUGUUUAGUGCAUAUGUUCCGUGAUUGAUGUGCACGGCGAGGCUGAAAGCGCGGAGUUUCUCUGAAUGUUUGGUUGCGUUGUUUUUGUAAUCUUUGAUAAAUCACACAGCCUUCAUUCUGAAUGCUAGAAUCUAAAAGUUUAUAUACAAAAUAACUGUAAAACAAAUAAAUAAUCCUUCUGUUCAUUCAUUCUGCUAUA